UGGUGUUUUAUUUGCUGAGUGAGCUUUUGGACUGUUGCAGAAUCCGAAAGGUUGCUCUGUUCUCUCUCCCUCUCUCUCCUCCUUCUGUCUCUCUCUCUCUCUGUGUCUAUGGUUUUUUAUCUUCUUCUGUGUUGGCCAAACAGUCGUUGGUGAUUGAAAUCUCUCAAACCAACAAAGACGACGAAGAUUCCUGAAAGAUUUUCGACGCCGACGAUUCUCCUUCCUCUUUUCCGUCGGAGGCUUUUUCUUCUGUGAACUUCCCGGCUGCUCGGGAGGAGCUCCGGGCUCUCGAUUUUCGCCGGACUUGGAAAGUAGUGCCUCGACCUUCGCCGCAGAUCUUCAAUUUUUCUCCGACCGCUGAGCUUCUGAGGGCUCUGGGGAUUGGAAUUUCCAGAAGAGUAGAGUGCUUCUCCAGUUUUUUAGUCUGAGUUUUUGUUUUUUGGGAUUUUUGGCUGAAAAAAAACUGGUGGGUUUAGACUGAUUCAGUCAGGAAAGAGAUUAGGGUUUGGGUAUUGGGAAUUCAGUGUUGAAUUGAAGCUGCUUGUGAUUAGGGUUUUGUAGGUGGGUUUAAUGGCGUGCCAGAGCAAUUGAACCCCUCUGAUUUUUCUGAUUUAAGGAAAAAAAAAAAAAAAGGAUUUGAAUUUUGAAGUCCAAGUUUGGUUGUUGGGAAAAUUUGAUUUUGUGAAUAUUUCUUAGAGAAAACGUGGCAAGAAAGAAGCUUUUCGGGUUCGAAUUCAUGCCUUCUUUAUAAGCAUUUACUGAGAGCAGGAAGAAAAGGGUUUUGCAAAUUUUGUUUAUUUAUUUGAAGAGUUGAUAUGAUUACGUUUAUGGAUUCAAAAGAGAAAUUGAAGGAGGUGGAUAGGUGCUUAGAUCCACAGCUAUGGCAUGCCUGCGCCGGCGGCAUGGUUCAAAUGCCACUGGUGAAUGCGAAGGUCUUCUACUUCCCUCAGGGCCAUGCUGAGCAUGCCUGUGGACCUGUUGAUUUCAGGAAUUGUCCAAGAGUUCCUCCCUAUAUACUUUGCCAGGUUGCCGCCAUUAAGUUCAUGGCGGAUCCUGAGACUGAUGAGGUUUAUGCCAAGAUUAGGUUGGUUCCUUUGAACGGGGGCGAGGCGGGCUACGAGGAUGAUGGAAUUGGAGGGCUUAAUGGGUCUGAAACGCCGGAUAAACCCGCCUCAUUUGCAAAAACAUUGACGCAAUCCGAUGCAAACAAUGGUGGUGGGUUCUCUGUUCCGAGAUAUUGUGCAGAAACCAUCUUUCCGCGAUUGGAUUACUCUGCCGAUCCCCCUGUUCAGACAAUUCUUGCUAAGGAUGUUCAUGGUGAAACUUGGAAGUUUAAGCACAUUUACAGGGGGACCCCUAGGCGGCAUCUAUUGACCACGGGGUGGAGUACCUUUGUGAACCACAAGAAGCUUGUUUCUGGGGACUCAAUUGUGUUUUUGAGGGCAGAGAAUGGUGAUCUCUGUGUCGGGAUUCGUCGAGCAAAGAGGGGAAGUGGAAGUGGACCAGAGUCAUCUUCAGGGUGGAAUCCAAUGGGUGGGAAUUGUACUGUGCCAUAUGGUGGAUUCUCGGCGUUUUUGAGGGAGGAUGAGAACAAACUAAUGAGAAAUGGCAAUGGUAAUAGCUCUAAUUCGAAUGGAAGUCUAGUGGGUAAGGGGAAAGUCGGGCCUGAAUCUGUUUCUGAAGCUGCAACACUUGCUGCAAAUGGACAGCCCUUUGAGGUUGUUUACUACCCUAGAGCAAGUACCCCAGAAUUCUGUGUGAAGGCCUCAUUGGUGAAAGCAGCAUUGCAGAUCCGGUGGUGCCCUGGAAUGCGAUUCAAGAUGGCCUUUGAAACUGAGGAUUCUUCCCGGAUAAGUUGGUUCAUGGGAACUAUAUCCUCUGUUCAGGUUGCUGAGCCUUUGCGCUGGCCCGAGUCACCUUGGAGGCUUCUCCAGGUUACCUGGGAUGAACCCGAUUUACUUCAAAAUGUGAAACGCGUUAGCCCAUGGUUGGUAGAGUUGGUAUCCAACAUGCCCACGAUCCAUCUGACACCUUUCUCACUGCCAAGAAAGAAGAUGAGACUACCUCAAUACCCAGAUUUCCCUUUUGAAGGCCAACUUCCAAUGCCGACUUUUUCCGGCAACCUCCUUGGACCCAGCAGCCCCUUUGGUUGUCUGCCCGACAAAACUCCUGCUGGCAUGCAGGGAGCCAGGCAUGCUCAUUAUGGUCUAUCCUCAUCAGAUAUGCACCUCAAUAAACUGCACACAGGUCUAUUUCCGGCUGGUUUCCCGCCACUUGAUCAUGCUGCUGCACCCACUAAAUUCACCAAUAACAUGGUGAUUCAUAAGCCUACUAUAAGCGAGAAUGUUUCAUGCUUAUUGACUAUGUCACAUUUUACCCCGACGUCAAAGAAACCUGAUGAUUUAAAGCCACCGCAGCUCAUACUCUUUGGUCAGCCAAUACUUACUGAGCAGCAGAUCUCUCUGAGCAGCUCUGGCGAUACAGUCUCACCAGUUCUUACUGGAAAUAGUUCAUCCGAUGGGAAUGCAGAUAGAAUGGUAAAUCAUUCUGAUAAUUCUGGAUCUGCACUUCACCGACAAAGUGUACAAGAGCGCUCAUCUUGUGAAGGUUUCCAAUGGUACAAGGAUACUCGAAAUGAAACCGAACUAAGUCUGGAAACUGGUCACUGUAAAGUCUUCAUGGAAUCAGAAGACGUAGGUCGCACUCUUGACCUUUCACUUCUGGGGUCUUAUGAUGAAUUGUACAGAAAACUGGCAGAUAUGUUUGGCAUAGACAAUUCUGAGACACUGAACCAUGUGCUCUAUCGAGAUGGUACUGGUGCAGUUAAACACAUUGGAGAUGAACCUUUCAGUUGCAGUGACUUCAUGAAAACGGCAAGGAGAUUGACGAUUCUAAUAGAUUCAGGCAGCAACAACGUAGGAAUGUAAAGAAAGAAUUAAGCCUCGAUUCAAUUGUACAGCCGGGGAUAAAUCCUUUGUUCGCCAUGCUGACCUUUUACCGCUCUUGAAGUUGUCGGAGAAGCCGCUCUGAUUCAAUUUUUGAGCCUUCAUCAGUUUGUUGGUUGUCUUUUUUUUUUCUUUGAGGUUGCUUCUUUGCAGCCAGAUCCUGUUUGUAGGAUUUGGUACAUGUGUUUAUAAGGCUUUACAAAUGAAUGAAGUCUUCUAAGAAGGCAGUUUAAAUUAAGUGGAAAAUGUACAUCAAAUUUGUGUAGAAAGCAAACUCUGUUUUGGCUCAUUUGCUUGGCCUUUCUUACUUGGAAGCGUUUUUUUGUUUGUA